CCUUCUGUCAGUAAGGAAGCUUAGCCUGGCUGUGAAGGUGAGGUCACCUGCCCACCCGUCAUUCUAUCUCCUGGUCAGACUCUCAACUCCCCCUUUAACUCUUUUUUCUUUUUUACCUCUUUUCUGUCUUUUCCUUCUUCAUUUCCCUCCCCUCUUCCCCUCCUGACACUCUCUUUUUAAUUCUCUUGUCUAUUCCUGUCUCUUUAUCUCCCUCCCUCCCUCCCUCUCUCCCUCUCUUUCUCUAUCUCCGUCUCUCAGAUGUCAGGCUUCUUUUUGCUGCAUGUUAUACAUGUACAGCUUAUCCAUGCCCUCACAUAUCCAGCAGGAUUCCUUGUUUUUUAUAUCUGGAAGAGUAACAAAUAAAACAGAAGAAAGAGGAAUAAAAUAUUGCGUUGUCAGGAGCAAUAACUCAGAGUAUGUCCAGACUGUGAGGAGUAAAUGCAGGAACAACCCUGGCCUUGGAACAUGAUUGGCUGUGAGAGCCUGAAGGGGUGACAGCCUGAAAGGUGGCCGCUCCAAUGGCGUGGACCGAGCCACGGUCGAGUCCAGACCCAAAGCCAGAACCGAAACCAAAACUUUACACUCUCAGGACUCACACUUUUUCAUCAGCCUUCCUUCAAGUCCAGCCUCCAAUUUUACUGCCCUUCUUUCUCCUGCUUGCUGCAUUUGCUGACCUAGGUAUUGCUGGUCCACUCCAACCAGCUUGCCCCCCUCUCCUGUCUGGACAGCCUUUUAUAAUCUUCUGGGGCAUCCCUGACUCCUCCUGCUCCGGUCGGCCAGAUCCAAGAUCCUUUGGGAUGGAACGGGAGGGCCGCGUGGCCGUCUUUUAUGAGGACACACUGGGGAACUACCCUUAUUUUAUAGACAAGGACACACCGGUCAAUGGGGGGCUACCACAGCACACACGGCUGGACAACCACCUCCAAAAGACACAGCAGGACUUGGAGGCAGUUUUACCUGCCCCAAGGUACCUUGGGCUGGGGGUGCUGCGCUAUGCAGAGUGGGUCCCCCAGUGGUCAAGGAACAGAGAAAGGCAGGCGAUGUAUCUGGAGGCAUCGAGAAACCUGCUGAAGACUUUCUUUCCUCACUGGACCCCUGAGGAGGUGGAGAAGUGGUCACAGGUGGACUUCGAGGCAACAGCCCAGUCAGUAAUGGUGGAAACUCUACGGGAGGUCAAAAGGUUAAGGCCCAAAGCAUUAUGGGGCGUCUCCCCUUACCCCAGCUGCUACAACGGCGAUCCUGCCCAAACUAUAUUAGCCAAUUUCACCGGCCAGUGCCCUGCUACGGAAAUGGCCCUUAACGAUGAGCUUCUGUGGCUAUGGAAACGAUGCUCCGCCCUCUACCCUCUCCUCACCCUGGAGAAGCUGCAGAGUGGGACCUCGGGAGCCAGGCUUUAUUUGUCCAGUCAAAUCAGAGAAUCACUACGAGUAUCAUCUCUGACUGGGACUGCAUUUGAUCUUCCUGUAUUCCCAUUGGUCAAGAGUGUCUACGCCUCAACAAACACUUUCCUGUCACAGGCAGACCUGGUCACCACCAUAGGAGAAAGUGCUGCCAUGGGAACAGCCGGAGUUGUCAUCUGGGAGAGAAGUGAGACUAAGACAGAGAGAGAGUGUCAGGACCUGGCAGAGUUCGUCCGUAAGGUCUUGGGGCCCUACUCCAUCAACGUAACCACGGCAACUCGACUCUGCUCAGCCUCUUUGUGCCAGGGAAAGGGCAGAUGCGUCCGUCAAAAUUCAGAAAGCUCUGCAUACCUCCACCUCCCACCCCCAUCCGAAGUGGUGGAGAAGGUGACUGAAAAGGCAGAGGCAGCAAAAGCCACAGAUCAGCCAGACACAAACACUAAACCCGCUGAACCAGACCCAGCUGAGAUCUGGAAGAAGGACUUCCAGUGCCAGUGGUACAAAACUGCAGACGGGGAUGUCUCGGACCAGCAGUCCCCCCAAGACGGAGCGUCUGUUGCGGGUACAGUAAAAGAGAAUGCUGGAGAUGUAAUCGGGACUACAACCACUUCAACGAUAGCUUCUACAACAGCUUUUAGAACAAAAGGUGCCUCUGUGAUUGAGUUAAGAGGAAGCAGUUCACCAGGUACUGGAAGUCCAACGCCUUUACUGGAAGUAACUACAGACGGUGGAAACAAGCCACUGAGUGCCCCAAACCUGACUGUUCUACUGUUGCUGGUGGCUGGAAGUCUAUGCUUGGAACCUUAAAAUGUGAACAAACCAGCCUCUUCACCUGGAAGGUCUGGGCUACAACUGCAAUAUGAGCCCUCCUGAAGUGCCCUUGAGCAAGACACUGAAUCCCUGCUAGCUGCAGGCGUGCUGCUUUGUAGAGAAAAAAAGGACAGCUCUCAAGAGUUCGAAACUCCAAACCUAUCACUGAAUGUGCCAAGAGACAGUAGUCAUACACACACUUGUCACUUUUUUUCAGAUUCUACAGGCUGUAUUUAAAACGUUUAAGAGAAAGGAGAUGUGACAAACUAGAUAGACUAGACUUAUUGUCAUGUCAAAUCAGCCACAGAUACAUGUGAAACCUGCACUGAAGUUUUUUUUGUCUUUGCACAUUAUGUUUUUACAUUUACUUUGUCAGUCUUUUGUUAUGUGGAAAUUAUUUUGUAAAUUGAAGGCCUAUUGUACUUAUUGUAGUUUUUCUUUCUGUUAAGUAGAUGUGUUGGGUUAAAGGGCCAUCUUACCAAAAAAAGAAAAAGAAAGGAAACAAACAUAAAACAUGCUGUCAACAGAUUUCACAAAGAUUAUUUUUUCAGUAGUAAGUAGAUCCAAUGAAAAAUGUUGACAGUGAGGUGUGUACAUUAUCCAAGGUAACUGGAACAUGUUUUUUGGAAAGAUAUGUUGCUGUAAUUUUUCAAUGAGCACCACAGAUAGAAUUCCAUUCACCUUUAUUGUAUUGGGGUGGCAGCAGAAAGGUCUGAGACAUAUGUAUUUGGUAAUUUUUUUCAGUAGUUAGUUGAGAAUCAUAAUAUCUAAAUGAAAUUUCAGACAAAAGGGAAUAUAUGUCAACUUUGGCCUUCAAAUGUUGCAUAUUGUCAAAAACAUCCAUUACAUUGUGGACUCCAUCACAAAUGAUACUAAUGUCUUCAGUUCAAAAGACCCAUCUGCUGAACUUCAGCUCUCUAGCAUCCUCUGCCUGAGUUCUGGUAAAACCAUGCUAUAGUCAACAGAAAGAAAAGCACAGGUGUAAAUAAUAAAAUGAAUGAUGGCUAAACUCCAUUUAGCUUCUUCAGUUUCAGGGUCCUGGUAUUGUGCAUGUUAGCUCACUGUCACAGCUUACUAGGACACUAAAACAGAGCCAUGGUUAAUGUUAUUAGUAACACCGGCGCUUUUCCUGUUGUGAAAAAAGGCCCAUUAGUCUCACCAAUAUGCAAGUAAAGCUCCUUCAACUAUUAUUGUGGUUAAAAUGUAAAUAAAUAAAUGCAGUAUCUGUUCAUUCAAAGGACAUACCUUUAAAUUCAGAAAUCACAGAACUUCAGUCCAUAACAGGCAACCUGCAUAUAUGUCUAUCAUUUUUGUUAAGUCAUUGUUGUUUAUAUCUGCUUCUUUCCCAUCUACACCCUUCAGUGCUCCUUGAGGCAGUAUGCUGCAAAAAAAUAAAUAAAUAAAAGACAGAAACUUUG